UCCCGGAAGAACCCUUCCUCCGGGAUGUUGUGAUAGUGCUGCUAGCGAGAAACGGAGAUUUCCGCGUAAUGCCCGUGUUUAACAGCUUUAACUGAUCGUUUCGGACACACUACAGGGUUUCAGGCUUUUCAGAUCGACAGCAUGUCGUCGGAGGAGUUUGAGAAGCUCCAUGAGAUGUACAGAUCUCUGUAUGAUGAGCUGAAGAUGGUCUCUGACCGAGUGACUCGCUCCCAAGGCGAGGAGAAGAAGAAGCUGGUGCGAGUGUUUGAUGAGCGCCAUGGAGAGGCACAGGAGUUGCUGCAGGAGUUGGAGCAGGAACUUCUCAGCGCCCCGCCCUCCUUCAGGAACUCCAUGUCCUCCAAAGUGCGGCUGUACCACAGGGACCUGGGGAAGCUGCAGCGCCACAUGCACACCUCGGACCCCGGAUUGAGCCUCUCCUCGCGCACGGGAGACGGCGGGUACAGCAUCUACGCCGCCCAGAACGAACGAAGCACCGAGCAGCAGGCUCAGCGAGCGUUACUGAUCCAGGGCUCGGACUCUCUGAACAACGCCACGCAGAGCAUCGCACGCAGCCACCGCAUCGCCGUGGAGACCGAGCACAUCGGCACGGACAUCAUCGAGGAGCUCGGGCAGCAGAGAGAGCAGCUCGACCGCACCCGAGACAGACUGGUUCACACGGGAGAGAAUCUGAGCCGCAGCAGAAAGAUCAUACGCACCAUGUCUCGCAAAGUGAUGACCAACAAGCUGUUGCUGGGGAUCAUCAUCGUCAUGGAGGUGGCCAUACUGGGAGCUGUGGUGUACCUGAAGUUCUUCCGGCACUGAGACGGAGUGCUCCUACGCGCCCCGUCUUUCUUUUUCUGUCCCUUUUCUCUCUCCGUGAAGACGCAGUGAGACGGAGAAACCGGCCUCUUUACGCUGACGUGUUUUCCGGCACCUCCCGUGUCCCGUCACGUUGGCUCGCGGAGGCUCGGAGGAACUUGAGCUGCUUUUUUAAGACUUUGUUUUUCUCGUGUGUGGAGGCAAAUCUGUGAAAAUUGGCGUCCGCGAGGAACGUACGAACGCCCGUCUGGGUACGAUGAUGGAUGAAAAGUGGCGUAAAUUGACUGUUUCUGACUGAUUAGAUAACACUGCAGUAGAGCUGACCUUUGACCUCUUAAACCUGAUAUAUUUAAUAGAAACACUUUGUAUUUGCCUUUCAGGGUACUUUCCAAUACAGUAUUAAAGCGUCCUUGGAAGGGUG